CGCUAGCGGCGCCCGCACAACUUUCCUGCCUUCGCGAGCGCGCCUGCCGCCGCCGCCUCCUCCCGCCUCUCCUUCCGCGCCCUUCCCGCCCCUUCGCCUUCCGUCCUGCUAGGUGGCCGGGAAGGAAAAAGGAUUCUCAGUCAGGAUGGCUAAAGGUGACCCCAAGAAGCCAAAGGGCAAGAUGUCUGCCUAUGCCUUCUUUGUGCAGACUUGCAGAGAAGAACAUAAGAAGAAAAACCCAGAGGUCCCUGUCAAUUUUGCAGAGUUUUCCAAGAAGUGCUCUGAGAGGUGGAAGACAAUGUCCAGCAAGGAAAAGUCCAAGUUUGAUGAAAUGGCGAAGGCGGAUAAAGUGCGCUAUGAUCGAGAAAUGAAAGAUUAUGGACCAGCUAAAGGAGGCAAGAAGAAAAAGGACCCCAACGCCCCCAAAAGACCACCGUCUGGAUUUUUCUUAUUCUGUUCGGAAUUCCGUCCCAAGAUCAAGUCCACAAAUCCUGGCAUCUCUAUUGGAGAUGUGGCCAAGAAGCUGGGAGAGAUGUGGAAUAACUUGAGUGACAGCGAGAAGCAGCCGUAUGUCAGCAAGGCGGCCAAGCUGAAGGAGAAGUACGAGAAGGAUGUUGCAGACUAUAAGUCCAAAGGGAAGUUUGAUGGCGCCAAGGGUCCUGCCAAAGUUGCCCGGAAAAAGGUGGAAGAGGAAGAUGAAGAGGAGGAGGAGGAAGAGGAGGAGGAGGAGGAGGAGGAUGAAUAAACUGCUUAUCUGUCCCUUUGUGAAUACCUUAGUGUAGGGAGCGCCGUGACUGACACAUCUCUCCUGGGAGCCGUGUCUAUUGCCCUCAUUCGGUUUAAUCACAAAACUUGAUCACGAUCAUACUGUAGUCUCAAAGUGUCAGUGGUUUACAUGAAGUGGCCAUGGGUGUUCGGAGCACCCUGAAACUGUAUCAAAGUUGUACAUACUUCCAAGCAUUUUUAAGAUGAAAAGGCACUCUCGUGUUCUCCUCACUUUGUGCACUUUGCUGUUGGUGUGGCAAGGCAUUUGGAGAUGUUUCUGGCAUUUUGUUUUCAACUUGUAAGGUGGUGUUAGCUCUAUGGUUAUUGGCUAGAAAUCCUGAGUUGUCAACUGUACAUAUCUAUAGUUUGUAAAGAGAACAAAACAACAGAGACAAACUCUUGAUGCUCCUUGUGUGGCGUGGAGAAUGGGGGGGGAGAUGCCUUCUUGGGGGGCUUGUAGCUCAGGGCGUGCACUGUGAGGCUGGACCUGUUGAUACUGCAGUGAGCAUCCAUUUAGCUUCAGGUUGUCUUGUUUUGUAUAUAGUGACAUAGCAUUCUGCUGACAUUCUUAGUUGUGGAAAAGGGGGGUGGGGUCAGCUGGCAUGAGAAGAAGUGUUUGCAGUUAUUCCUUUAGUUCAGUGCAGUAGAUUUUCAAACUUCGUUUCUAAACUAGAACUCGUCUUUGUCAGCAAAGCAAAAGAACUACUGCAUCAUUGAAAGUUCAAGGGCCCUCUGUACUUCAACACAAUUUGCAACAUUGUGUUAUUUUUUGUAUGUUUAGAAUGCUGAGAUGUUUUUGAAGUUAAAUAAACAGUAUUACAUUUUUAAAA